UUGGAUCAGUGGAAUUAUUAGUUUUGAAAUUAGAGCUAAUAUUAGAUGAUCCCUAUAAUUUCAGGCGGCCAACUUGCGCCUGUUAAUAUCGCUAAUUACAAAAUAAACUCUAUUAAAAUAUUAUGAUUUUAGGCUGGCCGGCAAGCCCGGCAAAAGAAUCAGCAAUGGAAAACGAAGUCACAAUUUAUGUAUGUAUCAGUUGGUUCUGAUUCCCUUGGUUUGUAGCAAUUCCAAAGCCAAUGUUUAACUAUAUUAAUUGUAUUGGGUCAAAUGACUCUUCUGCCUUUGUACUGAUAAUAAACAGUCUUGUUUCAUAGAAUUACGGAAGGCAAAACGCUAACUUAUCAUAAGAUUCAGUCAUCUAUAUUGUAGCCAUGGAGAAGCUCGUUUCAAUGUGGUAUAAAGAUAAUUCCUUGCCAGAGAAUUACAUCUUCCCACCAGAAACCAGACCUGGAAAGUGUAUUGUUCCUUCAAGCAAUAACAUUCCCCUCAUUGAUUUAAGUCAAGCAGUUGGUCAUCAUCGAAGUGAUACAAUUCAGCAAAUAUUAAAGGCCGGCAAUCAGUUCGGAUUUUUCCAGCUUACUAACCAUGGAGUUCCGGAGAAACUAAUAAACGACACCAUGAGUAUCUUCAAGGAGUUCUUUGAGAUGCCAGCAGCGCAGAAGGCAAGCGUUUAUUCUGAGGAUCCAAGUAAAAGUUGCAGGCUUUACACAAGCUCUGUACAUUAUAAUCGUGAAAAGAUCCACCACUGGCGUGACAACUUAAGACACCCUUGUCAUCCUUUAGACGAAUGCCUUCAACAAUGGCCUGAUAGGCCAACUGGAUACCGUGAAAUUGUAGGGGCAUAUGCAAUUGAAGCAAAGAAAUUGGGUUCUGUGAUUUUGGAACUGAUUAGUGAAGGACUGGGACUGGAAACUGGUUAUUUCAGAGAUGAACUAAGUGAAUCAUCAUUAUUAUCAAUUAACUAUUACCCUCCUUGUCCUGAUCCAAGCUUGACCUUGGGAAUUCCAAAACAUGCUGACCCUAAUCUCAUAACCAUCCUUCUUCAAGGGGAUGUUAGCGGGCUUCAGGUUUUCCGGGAUGGCAAAUGGAUUGGCGUUGAGCCUCUUCCGAAUGCAUUUGUGGUUAACAUUGGCUAUGCUUUACAGAUUAUAAGUAACAACAAGCUGAAGAGUGCCGAGCAUAGAGCUGUCACCAACUCAAAGGAUGCCAGGAUUAGUGCAGCUUUCUUCGUAAGUCCUGCUCACAGUACUGUUAUAGAGCCUGCAAAAGCUUUGACUGAUUCUCCACUCUACAGAUCCACUCAAUACAAGGAUUUCCUUGCUCAAUACAUUUCCAUUACCGGGGACACUAAAUUGGCUCUAGAGCCAUUCAAAUUGCAAGCAUAACUAGUUGAUAUGUGUAAUAAAUAAAUUCUAGACGUGUGAAUUUUCUUAAGUAGUUUGGAUAUGAUUGUCAAAAUGAGUGUUUCUAUAUUUAUUAUGUUGUUUUGACAUUUA